AUGCAGGACGGCCUCGUCCGCAGGAGCAUGGUGCGGAAGCCGUGGCGGUCGGCUGCCGCGGCGGAGAAUGUAUUGCGGCUCAAGCGCGGCCUUCGUGCCACAAAGAUAGGGAGAGAUGGGAAGUGGCGUGAAACGCUCUUCAGGAUCGACGCAGAUGAAGUCGAGCUGUCCUGGGACGGCCACAGCCUCGGAAAGCUGCUCGGCCUGCGAGGCGAUCAGCGGCGCGUCAAGCUGUCCGAGAUUCUCGACGUGCAGCUGGGUGUGAGAACGGACGGAGCCGACGACCCGGACGGAGUCGAGCUCGGGAUGGUGCGCACGAUCGGCUUCUCGCGCCGCGCCUCGCGGACGGGUCUCCUCGAGACGAGCGGACCCAGCCGCAUCGACCUCAGCUCGCGCGGCUCGCAGAACGCAGGGUGGCUCUCGAGCCCGAGCGCGCGCGGCGGCGACGUCGUGGCGCAGCUCUCUGCGGCGCAGGACGCGGUGCGGCUCUGCAUCCUGCUGCUCGAGGCGCACUCGACCAGGCGGCUCGAGCACAUGGUCGAGCGGAGGCACGCGGGCGGCGCAGCGCCAGCAUCGGGCCUGACCAAGCCCGCUUGCCCCCCGGGGGGGGGCGCCGCGGCGGCUGCUGCGGUCUGCGCCGUCGCUGCUUUGGCGCACUGCGUCCUGCGUGACGCCAGUGGUAUCCACGCGGGCGCGGCUGGAGGCAACAGUUUCCCGAGGUACGGCUUUUGCGAAUACCACCACUUCUGGCCGAGACUAGGGGCGCUCGGCGAGCUGAUCGUCCAGUCGCACCUUCGUUUAGAGGCGCCCGAGCGUGCGUGGGAGAGAUGGCUGGCGUCCAGCGCAGCAACGGCAGGCAGCAUCCCGAGGUUCAACGGAACGUGGGCGGGCUUUCAGAAGCUUUGGGCGUGGCGCCAGUGCGCGCCUGGGCCGUGCGGUCCUCACGGCCGGCCAUGCCCGCAGCGCUAUGAGGGCUUCGAGUGCGGCGCGACGAGAGGCGACAGGUACUGCUGCGACGCGCAGGGCUGCUACCACGACGGGUGCGAUAACGACGGCUGCUUCCCGAUGUACGUGCCCUGCGUUACGGAGAGGUGCGGCAGGCCAGGGGAGUGCGCAUGCGAGCUCUCGGAGGCGGCGGGCAGCAACACGGACCGGACGGUGUACGGGGCGGCGUCGGCGAGCGCCUCCUCCUUCGUCGUCCACCACACGCAGCAGAUCUCCAUGGCGGCGGUGGCGGGCGACGCCGAGAACAUCAACAAGCAGGCGCGCAAUGAGCGUAAAGACUGGCUCAACUCCCCAAAGCGUGCCAACUGGGUCAACGACGUCAAGAACAAGCAUGCGGCAGACGUCAUCCUCGGCCCCACUCCCACCGGCUGCAAGCCCUCUCGCAUGGACUUCUUCGCGAAAGCUGCUGCCGAUGCGCUCGAGCAGGCCAAGAAGUCCGCCAACGACGCCGCGGAGAAGGCGUCAUCUUCUCUCGCCGCUCCCGUCUCACUUGGCUCGCUUGCAGAGGCGGCAGCUUCACGCAUGGGCGAGCUCGAGGCCGUCAUGGCCUCUACGCCAGGAGAGCUCGCGAAGCGGUCGGCGGAGCGGCUCGUUGCGGACGCCCGGAAGGAGGAGGCGCCGGCUCUGGCGGCAGCAAUCUCCGGCGCUGCCGCCGCAGCCUCCGCUGGCGCCGAGGAUCGCAAGGCUCUCGGCGCAGAGGUGAGCCAGCUGCAGCUGGAGGUGCGCGGGCUCAACUCGAGGCUGCAGUCCGCCGAGGCGCAGGCGGCGCAGGCGGCGCAGGCGCUCUCGUCCUUGCGCGAGCACGCCGCCGAGCAGGCGGCACGAAGCAAUGCCCAGGCGACGGAUCGCGAGGCGGCGGCAUGUAAGGCGGCGGCGGCUGCAAACGAGGCGGCGGCGGCUGCGCGGGAGGAGGCGGCAGCGGCGCGGGAGGAGGCCGACAACGCGCUCGCUCGCGCUGCCGCCGCGGAGGAGCUGGCUGAGGCUGGGACGAGCAACGCCGAGGCCGCGGCGAACGAGGCAGCGCGCGAGGCUGUAGCUGCCGAGUGGGCGACGGAGCGCGAGUCGUUCGUCGCUUCGGCGGCGCGCGAGCGCGAGGCGUCGGGGCGGGAGGUGCAGCGCGCCAGGGAGGAGGCUGCGGCGGCGCGGGCGGAGGCGGAGGCGCGGCUCGGCGAGGCGGCGGAGCGAGCCGCCGCGCGGUACGCGUCCGCCGAGGCCGCCGCCGCAGAGGUGGAGUCGGCCCGCUCGGCGCAGCUGGAGGGGCUCGCCGGCCGGGUGGCCGAGGCGGAGGCGGCGGUGCAGGCGGCGACGGCCGAGCGGGACAGGGCGAGGGCGGAGGAGCGGUCGCUGCGAGACGCGGCCGCCGCGGCGGUGUCCGCGGCCGCCGCGAGCGAUGCCGCUCGGGUGGCGGACGAGCGGGCGGCGUCUGUGCGCGUCGCCGAGCUGGCGGCGCUGCUCGAGGGGCGAGCCGCCGAGCUUGCGGCGGAGCGCGAGCGUGCGGACGCUGCCGAGGCGGCGGCGGCAGACGCGGCGGCGGCGAGAUCCGCGGCCGAGGCGGCGACAGCGCAGGCCGCCGCCGCAGCCGCAGCCGCAGUGGGCGACGGCUCUGCGGUUGCUGCUGCGGUGGCCGAGGCGGAGGCGGCGGCGGCGGCGGCGAGGUCAGAGAGUGCCGAGCGGGUGUCAGAGAGUGCCGAGCGGGUGCGGCGAGCCGAGUCCGACGCGCGAGAGGCGCGGGCCAAGGCGGCCGAGUGUGCGCGCGAGGCCGUGGCGGCCGACGCUCGCGCUGGGGCGUCCGCGGCUGCCGCUGCCGAGUCGGCUGAAGCGGCCCGCGGCGAGAUGGAGCGGCUGCGUUCCGCCGCCGAAGCUGCCGAGAACGCGUGCGCAGAGGCGCGCGCCGAGGCGGCCGCCGCCGUCUGCGAGCGGCGACGGGUCGAGGAGGCGGCGGCGCAGCAAGCGACAGCGGCGGCCGAGGCAGCGGCCGAGGCGGCGGCGGAGGCGGCGGCGGAGGCGGAGCGCGCCGCCGCCUUGCUCGCCGAGGCGCAGGCCGCCCAGCGGCAAGCCGUGUCGCAGAGCGCACGCCUCGAGGAGGACAUGGCGGCCGCUGCCGCUUCGGCGGCGGCCGAGCUUUCCACUAUGUCUUCCGAUGCCGCAGCGGAGGCGCUCCUAUCGAGGGCAGAGGCGGCCGAGGCGGAGGCCGAGGCGGAGCGCGCCGCCGCGGAGCGGCUCCGUGCUGUGCUCGCGGGGCAAGGGUGUGAGGCGGAGGCGGCGCGGUGUGAGCUGUCGAGUCGAGCUGCAGAGGCGGAGGCGGAGGCAGAGGCGGCCAAGGCCGCGUCCGAGGCGCUGCGCGAGGCGCUGCAGCAGGCGGAGGAGGGGAGGCGGCGGGCCGCGGCAGAGGUGGACUCGCUGGAGGGAAAGCUCGCGGCGAGCAGCGUGGAGCUGGCAGAGGCGCGCCGCGCGAUGGACGACGGCGCGAGCGUCUCGACCGGCAAGGUUGCGCAGCUCGAGCUCCGCAUACAGGCGAGUGAGCGCGAGUGGGCACGGGUGGAGGCCGAGCGGGCGCGGGUCAGCGGCGAGAGCGCGGAGCGGGAGCAGAGGCUGGCCGCGGUCGGAGCAGAGCUGCGCGAGGCGCGGGCUGCGGAGGCGGAGUGGGCGCGCGUCGACUCCGAGCGUGCCGAGAUGGCGCAGAGGCUCGCCGACGAUAUGCGGGACGCGCGGGCGGCGGAGGCAGCGGCGCGCGAGAUGGCUCUCCAGCAGGAGAUGCGCGACCGGAUGGCGCGAGCGGCCGAGGCGGCCGAGGCGGCGGCGGCGGCGGCGGCGGCAGCGGCCACCAGCGUCGCAGCUGCACCGGCGCGCGAGGAGGCUGCGAGCCGCGGAGCGGAGCUGCUCGAGGCGGCUCAGCGCGAGGCGGUGGCGCUGAGCCGUCGGCUCGCCGAGGCGGAGGGGGGCUUGGCGGCGGAGCAGGCGCGGGCCGCCGGCUUGCAGCGCGAGCUGCAGGCUGCUCGCGAGGCGGCAGCCGCGGUGACGGCGGCCACCGAGUCGCGGCUCGCCCAGGCGGGUGCCGUCUCCGCCGAGCAGGCGGCGGAGGCUGCGGCGGAGCGGCGCGAGGCGGCGACGCUGCGGGACGUGCUGCAGCAGGAGCGGCGCCGGCACGCCGCCGAGGCGGAGGCCCUUCGCAAGGAGGCGGCGCCCGGCGGCGGCAGUUUGCGCCAGGUGGGCGUCUUGACCGAGGCGCUCGAGGCGUGCGCCCGCGAGCGCACCCAAGCUAUCGCCGCGGCCGAGGCGCGGGCACGCGUCCAGACGCGCACGCUCAGCGGGGCGCUGCAAGAGGCGGACAGGUCGCUCGCCGCCGCGGCGGCGGAGGCGGCGGCCCUGCAGGCGUCGGUCGACGCGCAGCUGCGGGAGCAGGCUGCAGCGCUGCGGAGGGAGGCGGCUGAGGCCAAGCAGCGCGCGACGGCGCUCCUCGUCGCCAAGGAGGCCGAUCUCCAGCGCCUCACCACCGCACCGCGCGCGGCGGGCCCGGCCAGUGGGGUUGCGCCGUCGGCUGCGGCGGCGGCCGCGCUGCGAAAGGCCGAGCGCGCGGCGGAGGCGUCGAAGAAGCAGUCGGCGCGCCUCCGGGCCGAGCGGGACGAGUGGCACUUGCGAUGCGUCGAGCUGCACCACUCGCUCCGCGUCGCCACUGGCGGCGCCGAGCUGGACGGGGCUUCGGGCAAGUCGGCCGACGCGGCCGAGCGGAUCGUCGAGGCGGCGCGCGACGAGGAGCUGAUGGCGUCGCGAGUGCACGUCGGCGAGCUGCAGGAGGCGCUCGUGGAGGCGCGCUCGUUGCACACCGCGCUGCGAGAGCGGUGCGCCGAGCAGGAGCGGCAGGCGGAGCGGGAGAGGCUCGCCGGCGGCGCCGCCGGCAGCGGCAAGGACUCUGGCGCGCAGCUCGAGUACCUCAAGAACAUCGUGCUCAAGCUCUUCACCAUGGAGGACGGGCGUGAGGCGCUGCUGCCCGUCAUCGCCACCUUCCUGCAGUUCUCGCCCGCCGAGGUGAAGCGGGUCCGACUCGCCCUCGAGGCGCAGCGGCUGCGGCCGGCGGACGACGGGUGGCUCUUUGGGCGGCUGGGCGAGAGCUGGCUCUUUGGCAGCGAGGAGGAGGCGCACCGACUCGCGCGGCCUGCGCGGCCGCAGAGGUCGGCCGCGCAGGCCUCGGGCGCUGCUGCGGUCAACGGCGCCGCCGACGGGUGGCCAGAGGAGCUCGAGAGGAGCCGGCAGCGGCAGCAGCGGCUGCGCGAGCUGCUGUUUGCGUCGCACGAGCACCUGUCGCGCUACCAGCGAGAGGAGGCUGCGCAGCAGGCAUACGCGCUCGCGCUCACCACGGCGCUGCGCGACGCCGGCAUCGAGCCGCCCGAGCCGCCCGGGCCGGAGGCGGAGGACGAGGACGGGGACGGCGAUUCGGACGACCCGGACGGCGACGAUGGCGUCUCGGAGGGCGAGGCUGAUGAGCCGGGCGCUCGCGCCGCGCCGCCAGAGGCGCCCGCCCCUGCCCCUGCGCAGCGGCGGGCCGUCGCGGCGAGAGGCAACAAGGGCGGCGGCGCUAGGACGUCAUUCCGCGAUGACGACUUGCGAGCCGCGGAGAGCAGCCUCGAGGCGGAGCUCGAGGCGGACGAGCAGGCCCGAACCGAGCUCGAGGUGGCCAUCCGCGCCGCGUCCGCCGGCGCCGGUCGCGAGGGCGUGAAGCGGCUGGAGCAGGCGGUGGCGGCGAUGCGCUCGCGCGGUCUCGACGGCAACAACGAGAAGAGGAUGGGAGACGCGGCCGCGCUGCUGCGGCGGGCGAGGUCGUGA